AUGCUUGCGACCCUCACUCUCGGGAUCAUCUUUCUCUGGGUCGUCCAGAAAUCUAUCAAGUUUUAUCGAAAUGUCAAAGUAGCUGAGAACCACCUGGGAUACCACACGAUCCUCUACCAUGAAUAUAUUCUUUCCCACUUCCUUCCACCAAUUCCUGGUUUGACGAGUGGUGCCAACUAUAUCUUUAACAAGAAAUAUGAAGUGUACAAACAGACAGGGUGGGACAUUGUUGCUUGCGUAACAGCAUUCCCAGCGAGGAUUGAAUUCCUUAUCGCGGACGCUACAAUCGUCAAAGACAUAACUGCAGCCCGCGUAUCGUUCCCUAAGCCUGUGUUCAUGUACCGCGGACUAUCCAUAUUUGGUCCUAAUAUUGUCGCAUCCGAAGGGGAUACGUGGAAGAAAUACCGAAAGAUCAGCGCUCCGGCAUUUUCUGAUUCGUUGAAAAUCACGGGGGACCUGAUGAACACCGUCUGGAAGAAUAAGGACGUGGUGGAAGUAGAGCAUGUGGUUGAUGUUACUCUCCCGAUAGCCUUGAAUGUCAUUGGCCGAACACUGUCAGUCCCUCCGGGGCACACGAUACCCUUUCAUGACGCUUUGCAUCUUGCCAGUACCGGAAUAAUUUUGAAACUCAGUAUUCCCUCGUGGGCCAUGGGGUUGACGCGCCAAUGGGCUAAGGUGAGAGUUGCAUUUGACGAGCUAGAGUCGUACAUGCUAGAAAUGAUCAGAAAUCGGCGGACAGUGGCGAGGAAGGAGGAAAGAUACGAUUUAUUCAGCAGUUUUCUGGAUGCCAAUGAUGACAAAGCCUUCGUCGGAGGAGAGAUUAAAUUGACAGAUCACGAAUUACUGGGGAACAUUUACAUCUUCCUGCUUGCUGGACAUGAAACUGCGGCCCAUACACUGGCGUUUACAUUUGUCCUGCUAGCGCUUUAUCCAGAUCAGCAGGAGAUCCUUCACAGCCAUAUCAAGUCCAUCAUUCCUGACGGACGGAACCCGACCUAUGAAGAAAUGCCACUCUUCACACAUUCCGUAGCCGUAAUUUACGAGAGUCUUCGCUUAUUCCCGCCUGUGUCGUCAGUUCCUAAGAUGAGCCCCAAGGAUACCGUCUUGGUUUCCACCAACGAAGCGGGAGAGCGCAAGACGGUCCCCGUACCUCAGGGUGCUAUAAUGAGAAUCGACGUGGUCGGGUUACAUUAUAAUCCGCAUUACUGGAAAGACCCAGAGACGUUCAAGCCGUCGAGAUUUCUGGAUAAUUGGCCCAGGGAAGCAUUUAUGCCAUUCAGUCAGGGUGUGCGUGCAUGUAUGGGUCGGAAUGAGGGGGGCCGCCCCUAG